AAGCUGCUGCCUUGCUGCGUAAGAAACUAGUCUGAAGUCAUGUCCAGAAGGAAAGUCAACUAAAUCAGCAUUUUGCAGGUGUAUGGAGAUGCAAUGGAGGUCGAGUCCAGUACGUACACCGACUUUAUUUCCUGCGAUCGGGCUGGUCGGAGGAACGCUGUCCAUGACAUCCAGCGAGAUGCAACCACCAUCAGCAUGCGCAAGCUGACCGAGGACCUAGGUGACCUUGCCGUUGAAGGAGGAGAAAGCCAAAGAGAUGCCACUUCUUCUGAGAACGACCUUGGAACAAGACCAAAGGGGCAAGAAAACAGCCCCUCCCCAUGACAGUGUGCAGGGUGGGAUGGGCAGGAGGAGGGCCUUGCUGUGAACAUGAAACAAGAAUUUGCGAUUGAAUCUGUGGACAAAAGCCAACGUGGAACAGCAAGUUGUCUGUCAAAUGCCUCUGCUGCAACCAUUUUUGUUUAGAGAGCCACAAGAUGCUGUGCAAGGACUGGCACCUCCAAAAGACUUCUGCUCCCAUCCCUAACGAAUUAGAGCAACACUGCCGUGGUUGUAGUGAUAUGAGCCAUUCUCAAGAUGCCUUAGCUGCAAUUUUCCCCUAGGGGAAAACACAAUUUCAGUAAUAAUAGACACAUCAGUCACUCCUGUCCAAGGUACCUUCCUCCUUUGCAAAGUUAGACUAUUAUUUAUUCUGUUUCCAUAGAUUAGAAAUUUAGGUUAUUGGUUUUUCUAAGCCUCACCCUUAUCUGUAUCUUAGACCCGACCUGGCCUCUGGACUGUCCAUGCGGCCCCUCGUCAGGGUGGGCAGUGGGGAGGGGACCCAGCCAGUCCCGCUGCCUUCAUGUCCAGCACCACUUACCUGUGCUGCUGCCGCUUAGCAUCAGGAAAGGACCAAAGCACAGCUCUGUGUGGAUGAGCUCCACCUACAGAUCCAGCAGCACCAGCCACAGGCAUCUUUUUCUUUGGGGUUUAGCAUUUUAAGAUGAUGUUAAGGGGAGGGGAGAAACAUUUUGCUCGUUUGACUGUUGAAAUUCAGGCUUAACUUUGCAAUCUGUUAGCUGCGAUGAUCUCUGGUAGGAUCUCACAUCAUUCUCUCUUUUAGGAGACGUUUUGUGUUAAAGAUGGUUUGAUAAAACUAUACAAGCUGUUGGAAUAAAGAACACAGCCUUUGAGUA